AUGAAUGUUAAUGAUAUCAAACAACAGUUCAACUAUGAUGAAGAUUCAAAUCGAAAACAGAGAAGAAAAUGUCAUGGUAAUCGACGAGAUCAACGUUUUCGAAAAAAGUGCCGUGCACAAGGAAUGCAAAUAGCAACAAUAAAAAAGUUACUCGAGGAAAGAGAUCGAGUCAGAACUACUAAUAAUCAUACGAAAACGUCCACAUAUAAUACGGGAUCAACUCAUAUGGAUGUGGAAUCGAAACAGAUAAGAACAAACUCUAGUAAACGUAAAAGAGACGUCUUAUCACAAGAAGAAUCAAAGAAGAUGAAAAAUAAACCGAACAUAAUGACUAUUUCAUCAGUAGUUCGUAACAAUAACAAGAUCGGCAACACGAAUUAUCGACAGUCUAUGUAUUUAAAACAAUCAUCAGCGAUACUUUUUCAAGUAUUAAGUAAAAUAUUAAAAUAUCCAUUGAAGAAAAAAGAUGAACAACGAUUCAUUUACGUACGACUCAUUUCAUUUGACCAGCAGUAUUGUACUGAGAUUGAAUUACAAUUGUGGCAUUCCUAUGUGGAUAUUGCCUUACAACACCACAUAUGGCCUGAUCAAAUCUAUGCUUUGACAAAAACAAAUAAUUUUGAAGCAUGUCAACAAUUUGUCGUACAUUAUAUACAUACUCUUCAACAACGAUUGAAUCAAUGUCAAUUAGAAUUGUCAAAACAUUCUCACUUAUGUCCUAUUACAAUAUUAUCAUUGAAUCAAAUCGAUCAUAGUCUUAAAGAAAUGGUUGAUUAUGAACGAAAAUAUUUAUCAACAAGGAAUAAUCGUCGCUUGUUUCAGUUCAAAGAUAAAAUUCAUGAAAAUGAUUUAUCUGGGCUGAUAUCUACAUAUCGUCUGACUAUUUAUCAAAAUGAAUCAAUAAACCAACUGAUGAAAAUACGACGAGAACAAAUAGAAACUUGGAAAGAAUUUCUCAUGUUUGAAACACGAAUUCUUUGUAAAUGUUUACCACAAAAUUUCGAUGAACUGGAACGAUUUAUAGCUCCAAAUAUUUAUUCGCCAGCGAUUAACAACUCAACUGCUAUUCAGUUCAAGAAUCAACGUUAUAAGAUUAUACAAGAAGCAAAGCGCCAAUGGUUAAAUGCCUUCUUAAAUGUCUACGAGCUUAAGAUACGAGAAUAUCAAGAACAAUAUGAAUAUCAACUAACAAAAUUGCAAACACAAUUAUUACGUAGUGCAGGUUCAUUGAUUUACAACCAUAUUCAAGAAUACAUAAGUUAUCAAACAGAAAAAUUAAAAAAAGAUGUUUACAAAGGAAUGUUCAUUUUUCGACGAAAAGUACGUCAACGUCAUCUACGUUCAUAUGCAGCAAAAAACUCAAUCGGUGUCUCUCCUGAAUCGUAUCUUGAUUUAAUUUCUAAUCCAUUUAAUCCGCGUGAAUGGAAUCAUUUGUCACUUGGUCCAUCUUGUAUACGAUUUAAUCAAAGUGCUAUCCGUCCUCGAAAACAACAGGAAAUUGAAAUUAGAAAUGAACAUAAAGAUAUUUCAACUAAAGUACAAGAUUAUCUUGUAGAACAUCAUCAUAUACCAAGAACGAUACCAAUUCUCAAACAAUAUGGGAAUCAUCUCCUUGAUUAUCUUAAUCGUUGUUAUUUCACUCCAUUAUUACAUAGAGAUCGAGUUCAGGCAUUGGAACAGGUACGAACUAUUACAUCAAUUCGACAAAAAAUCAAGCAGCAUAACCUUAUUAUUCGUCAGACAGAUAAGAGUAACAUUUUUUAUAUUGGCUCAACGACUGAAUUUCAGAAAAAAGCAAAGAAUUUCUUCUCCGAUACAAAUGCAUUUGUCACAUUAUCUUACAAUCCAUUCAACGAAAUAUUUGACAAAGCUAUUCAAUUGCUCAAUAAACUGGCUUCAAAAAAGCUGAUCUUACAGUGGCCAUAUAAAAAAAUGAUGCCUGACCCAACAAAAUGUGAAUUAGCUCACUUAUAUUUUAAUCCUAAAACACACAAAGAUGGUAUACCAGUUCGACCAAUUGAAAAUACGAUUCAUGCUUCAACAAGAAACAUCUCAAAAUUUCUAGAUCGUAUCAUACGGCCUGUAUUUGAUAACGUCUGUGCGACAACAACCAUUAUUGAUGGCGCUUCUCUGAUCAAACAACUUAAUACAUAUGUUAAUAAAUGUCUUCUGAAACCAUCGACUCUAUUGUGUACAUUUGAUAUUCAUAAUUUGUAUACAAUGUUACCACAAGAUGAAGCAGUUGAUAUUCUUAUUGAAUUUCUUCAAAUACAUGGAUAUACAAAAGUUAAAAGCAUUAAUCUUGAAACAAUCCGAGCAUUGGCUUCAGUGGUUCUUAAAGAGAAUGUUUUCGUGUACGAGAAAAGGAUCUAUAAACAGGUUAUUGGUGGUGCUAUGGGUUCAUCAUUUACAUUAACGUUAGCAAAUAUUUUCAUGUGGAAAUGGCAAAAGGAACUCGUCCGUCGACAAGAUAUGUCAGGCGAAUUUUAUGGCCGAUAUAUUGAUGAUGUUUUCAUGAUAUGGAAUAGAUCGGAAAAGGAACUAAUAAAACUAUUAGAUGAAGCAAAUACAUGGCAUCCAAAUAUCAAAUUAGAUUAUAAAAUCGGUCAAUGUCUACCAUUUCUCGAUGUUCUUCUUGCGAAUAACAAUGGAAUUUUAUCAACAUCAGUUUAUCAUAAGCCAGCAACUGAGCCUUACGUUGUACCAUAUAAAUCCGACCAUCCUCGACAUGUGUUCAGAAAUGUGAUACAAACUGCUCUUACUCGAGCUAUACGAUAUUCAUCUACUUUUGAAGCUUAUCAACAAGAGAAAUGUCAGAUUCGUCUAAUGUUACUGUAUAAUGAAUAUCCACCGUCAUACAUCGAAAAGCAAUUUGAAAAGUUUUAUUUUCAAUAUGUAUCAUCUCUAGCACUCCUUUCACCGUCUUUCAAUAAUGAAAAAGAGUUUUUCCUCAUGCAUAACAAAUUGUUAGAUCAACCAACAGCUCGACAGUCACAAGUGGCACAGAGUGCUGCAAGAGCCGAUCUUCAUACCUAUCAAAUGAAUGAUACAAAUAUUCAAACAAAAAAAAUAUUUCAACCGACCGAAUACCAACAAAACAAUAAGGCAUCAAGAUUAAUCAUUCACUAUGUCCAUGAAAAAAGAUUUCAUUCAUUUAAACGAGACAUGCAUCAAGUUUACGACUCCAUCUUCCAGAAUACUCCCGUGGCCGAUACAAAAAUGAUUGUUGGUAAUAGAAACCGUCGUGAUGCAAAACAUGAACUUAUACGCAAACGCCCGAAACGUUCAUUACUGAAAAACAUUCCGAAAAUGAGUAACUAUUACACACAUAUAAACCACUAUUAG